UGGCCAUAGGCUCCCUGGAGCAGUGUGGGCGGGGCUCUUCCCCCUCCUGUGACUAACUAAAGUCUGUGAGUCACUGCACAACCCAUCAAUCCCAUUAAAUGCCGUGUGCGGGCAGGCGGUGCUGCUCCCGGCGCUGCCCCAGCCCCCGUGCAUGGGCUGCCGCCGCUUCCCCCUCUGAUACAUGGCUGGCUGGCUGGACUUGCUACAGUGUCACAUCCUCCCCGCCAGCUGUAGCACCAACUUCCCCCCCAGCUAGUCUCCUCCUGCCCGGGGCUGCUGCAAAGUGAUGGGAUAGAGCAAAGCCACUCCAGCACCUGGGCUCCUAUUUAUUACAGUCUGUCUCCCUGUCCUGUUCCUCGGUGGUUGUUCUUCUUCCUCUCUUCCCUUUCCCCUUUAUUUUUAUUCCUCUCUUUCCCCCUUGUCUUGGAGCCUAGAUUUGUUGAGUUCUUCUGGAAAGGGACUGUGGCCUAUAGCGUUGCUGACUACUGGACAAGAGAGCCCAUUAAUGGGAGACAUGCUCAGAGAAUCUAAAAUGUGGAGACUUCGUACCUGACUUCAGCCCCCAGAGAUAUAUGUUGGGAAAAGGAGGAAAGCGGAAGUUUGACGAGCAUGAAGAUGGGCUGGAAGGCAAAGUGGUGUCUCCUACUGACGGUCCAUCUAAGGUGUCUUACACCUUACAGCGCCAGACUAUCUUCAACAUUUCCCUUAUGAAACUUUAUAACCACAGGCCAUUAACAGAGCCAAGCUUGCAAAAGACAGUUUUAAUUAACAACAUGCUGAGGCGAAUCCAGGAGGAACUCAAACAAGAAGGUAGCUUGAGGCCUGUGUUCAUCACCACUUCACAGCCUACUGACCCUCUGGGUGACAGCUUUCGAGAGGCUCAGCCUGCGUUCAGUCAUCUUGCCUCUCAGCCAGUUCACCCCACUGACCUAGUAAUCACUACACCAUUGGAGUCUUGCCUCACCCCAGCCUCUCUGCUUGAGGAUGACACUUUUUGCACUUCCCAGACUGUCCAACAUGAUGGUCCUACAAAACUACCACCUCCAGCUGUCCAACCGGUAAAAGACAGUUUCUCCUCGGCCUUGGACGAAAUUGAGGAGCUCUGUCCAGCACCUACCUCUACCGAGGCAGUCGUAGUAGCAACAGAAGCAGCAGCAACAACAGAUGACUCUAAAGAUAACUCCAGUGAGUCUAAUGUUCAAAAGUCUGAGGGAGUCCAAGAGAGCAGAACAAGUGAAUCAAAACUCAUGGACUCUUUACCUGGCAAUUUUGAGAUAACAACUUCCACAGGUUUCCUUACAGACUUGACCUUGGAUGAUAUUCUGUUUGCUGACAUUGACACAUCUAUGUAUGAUUUUGACCCUUGCACAUCCGCUACAGGAGCUGCCUCAAAAAUGGCUCCUGUCUCAGCAGAUGAUCUCCUAAAAACUCUCGCCCCCUACAGCAGUCAGCCAGUAACCCCAAAUCAGCCUUUCAAAAUGGACCUCACAGAACUGGAUCACAUAAUGGAGGUGCUUGUUGGGUCUUAAAGUAUAACGACUUUUUAUGUACCAGUAUAUACACUUGGUAGUAUUUUCACAACCCUUCCCUCCCUCCCCGCCCCUCCAAAUUCACAGCACUGUGCAUGCGUCCUUGCUUGCCUUUUUUAAAAGAAAAGGAUCACACUAGUUUUUGCUUCAAGCAGAGUUGGAGUGCCUUCAUCCAUGUAUGACCACUUUCAAUGUAUUUUUUUAAAGUGGUUCCUCAAGGAAGACCUAAUACCCUGGUAUAGGAAAGAAUGCAUAUUGUAGACAAUAUUACUAUGAUCUUACGACAAACAAAUUGAAUUGUAAAAGCUAAGCACAAGGAUUAUGUUGGGGAAAGCUGUAAAUUUGCAUGUGCAUAUUUGUCUAUUUUUUCUAUAAGUUUUAUUGCAAGAGGUAAAAAAUUUAUUAUUUAGAUAAUCUCAGUACCUUUUUGGCAUUUUAGCCCUGUAUAGGUUGACUUAGCAAUUCAGCCCUUUGGAGGCAUUAACUAGUCUUCUUUAAGUGUUGCAUUUACAUGGCUGUUCAGAAACUGCUGCCCAAAUUUAUUUUAUAUUUUUGUACAGAUUCUGCAGUUUAUUAUAUUGUUUUUUCUAAAAAAAAAAAAUGCUGUUUAUACACACAAAAAAUAGCUAUUUUGAUAGGAUUUGCUCACAUAGUUCCUGCAUAAUUGAUGUACAAGAACCACUUGUACUUUUAUACAGAGUUGUAAUGUUUUAUAUGUGUAUGGUGCAAAGAGAAAAACGGAUCAAAUAAAUCUGCAGUUGGGUCUCCCUGAAUGCAAACAGUGCUUUAAGAAAGGGCUGGGGCUGUUUCACAAGAGUUUCACAAAUAUUUACUCGCUGCUGUAGCCACCUGUGCACUACUGUGAUUUGUAAAACCUUAGAGCCAUGUCUACUCCAAGACCUAUGUUAAACAGUUGGCAGGAGAUAAUUGUGAAAUUUCAUUCUAAGUGUUCUCUUGUGAGAUCAAGGCUACUGAAAACCUGAUCCUGAAGCCAGUAUGUCAAGCAAAUGUAUAAUCUUUUUUUUUAUUUUUAAGCAAAGUUUUUGGGUUUUUUUCCCCUAAAUUUGGAACAGCCAAUUGUCUUUGUUACUUGAAAUGUGUUACCAUUUUAGCAAGUCAGCAUUUCCUUAGCUGAAGUUACUGCGAAUGAUUUUAAUGGGAAUAUACACGCCAUUUACAAACAAUACAUCUCGUUGUAAUUUUUCUUAAAGAAGGCAUACGUGGUAUUUGUUCCAGUUAAUUUGUGUUCAAGAUUCCACUUGCCCUUUCUUGGAGCAUUCUUUCUCCCUCACUGUGUUAAUGAGUGCUGAAAAAUGCAACUUCAGUAUUACUGCAGUGAAGCUCAUCUCUUAUCUGCACUGGAUGGACUUAUCUUCGUAUCCAUUGCUGUUGAAACUGGAGCCAGUUGUGUUACAUCACUUGGCAUCUCCUCUAGGGUUCGUUUCUUGUUACCUGCUUUACACUUUAUAGACCUGUUUUACAAUGAAUAUACAGACACAGCUUUCUAUGCAUGUUUCCCUCCCCUGUAACACCUGAGAAGUCUUCUCAUUACUGCACCAGUAGCAUUUCUGUAUUCAUUGUGGUGUACAUUUAAUUUAAAAAACCGUUUGCAAUGUAUCAUGCCUGUUGCUGAAAUUGCUAUGGCAUUUUAAUUUUUCAAUGGUACUUUAGCUGAUGAGUGCAGGUUACAACCUAUAUUGUUGACAUGCCUAUGGCUUCUUUAGGAAUAACUUUUAUAUUUAUUUAAGAAAUUUUAAAUUAUGUUUUUAUGUCAUUUGGCAAUAUUCAGUCAAUUCUGCUCACUUCUUGUCAUGGAUAAAAUUGGGUCUUGUCUGCCUUUAAAAAGGCAGCUUUAUAAAUUGGCACUUUAAACAGGCCAUAUAUAUUUACUAGUAAAUAUAUAUAAUGCACACACACAACACAAAGCAAAUAAAUUUUGCAAUGAAGGAACUGCUACUCUAAAUGCAAUGCAUCAUACAAUUAGGAAAUGCUUCUAGAUCCUAAUUAAUCAGCCAGUUUUAGUAUAUUUUAAAGAGAAUUACUAAGUGACACAAGAUGUUGAUAUAAUCGCAAUAGUUCGCUUACAAUACUAGUAUUUUAUGACUUCAAACAGAAUGGCAUCAACCAACUGUAGAAUUAGGGACCAUUUUGAAUUGCUGGCGCAGGGCCAGCUAGGGAAGGGUUGCUCUGUUUUGCAUCCAGUAAUGUUUGGCGGCUGUUCAUUCAGCAGCUUCCAUUCCUUGUGAGAGAACAGUCCUGCCACAGACUCCGCAACUUUUGUAACUGGAGCACCCAAGAAACCCUGGCUACAACAAGGUGCAUCAAUCUGUAUACAAAACCCUAAAGCCAUGCAAUAAUGUUGAUUGUUCAGAACAAUAACAUGGUAAGCAGUUGAUUAUCGUUGUUCUAAGUUAUUGUAAAUCGGUUCUUAACAACUGCCCUUUCUUUGGAUUAGUUAAUUGUGUUUUUAGACAAGCACCAUAUGUUAGGCAACAGUUCAAAUAAAUGCCAUUUUCAGAGCAGUGAACUGCUGUUUAAAAAUGGUUGUUUGAAGUCUCUUUGUAUUUGCAGAACAGGAGACAAGAUCUCAAAAUCUACUUUACCACUCAAAAGAAAUCUGUGUAUUCUUGGUAAUAAAGUAGGGAAAUCCUUAAUAACAGAGUACUUAAAGGAAAUUGGCAGGAGAUACACAAAGAGCAAAACACCUGAUUUAUAAAAUUAGGCAGAAGGUCAGUAAUUCUUAUUUUGAACUGUAACCUUUAAUUCUAUAGAUUGAAAUGCUUGUUGGAAUCUUCUACUUUGGCAGUAACUUUCUUUCUAUAGCAUGGCCUUCUUGCAAAGGUCAGAGUAUAACAGUCAGGAUAAGAAUUCUUUAUAAAAGAUGAAUACCCAGGUGAUGGAUAUUGACAAUGAUGUGCAAUGAAGUGACAAGAUGGGAGCAGAACAAAAGAGCUUUGGAUUUGAAGUGAUUUUUUCAUAAGUUAUUUAUUCCUUUUUUUUUCAUUGUAAAUAUAUUUAUUUUAUUGUGAAGCUAACAACAUCUGGAUUGUAACAUGUACAGAAUGUAUGGUAGGAAUGUAUUCUCUUGUAGGAAUGUAAAUCUGUAUGAAAAGGGGAUGGGAGCCUGAUUCAGAGAAAAUGCAUUGGGUUCUAUUCGGGAUAUGCACGGUUCACAUUAAUCCCCCCCGCCCCCUUUCCAGUAUGGGUCUGGUUGUUUGAAAUAUGCAAAAAGGAUGGAUGAGGGAGAUUUUAAUACUCAAAAUUACUCAUAAAAAUCGGGCUUGUAAUGUGUCAGUUCCUUUAAAGGGGCUUGCUCUUGCACCCUUUAAAGUCGGAUGGAGUCUUGAGUAGACGCAGCAGCAAGGUCAGCAUACUAUCGCUGUUCCUUUAGGGCGUGAUCUUGUAAAUGCAUGAGUAAGGGCAGGUCUACACUACCACUUAAGUCAACCUAACCUGUGUCACUCAGGGGUGUGAAAAAGCCCCUGCUUCCCGCCCCGCAGCGCAAGUUUCGCUCUGUCCACACCAGCACUAUAUCGGCGGGAGACACUCUCCUGCUGACGGAGCUUUGGUGUCUCACCGAGGUGCCGAUGGGAGAGCACUCUUCCGUCAGCAAAGCACGUCUUCACCAGACGCACUACAGCUGCAUUGGUGCAGCUGCGCCGAUAGAGCGCUGUAGCGUAGACUUGCCCUAAAUCUUUACUCAUGCAAGGAGUCCCUGUGAAGUCUGUGGGGCUAUACGAGCGAGCAAGAGUUUGCAGGGUGGUGCCCUUGCUCCAGGAAGUGCAAAGAACUGACACUGCAUUUGUGCAAAAUGGUAAGACACGGACAAAAAGUUGUAAAUGCACUUUCCAAGUGCACCAUGUUUUUUUGCAUGGGUUUUGAUUUUACUAUUGCUUACUGGGCCUGAUCAGGCAGUCCUUGCUCAUAAGUAAUUCGCGUAGUUCUUAGUGGGAAUUUUGCUAGCAAUAUAGGAUUGGGCCCCAAUAACAGUCCCUGCUCAGAGUCUGAGUGGACUGUACAUAUCUGUAUGCAAAGCAAGGAGAGAUUCCUUUUAAAAGAAACUUUGAGGAGCAGUAAAGUAUUAAAAAUUAAAGGCAUCUAUUUAGUCAUGUUCCUUGCAGUAAGCUACAAAAUAAGAUGAUCGAGACACUUUCUUCAAAAACUAAAUGAGCAAAUUGUAAUAGUUCCUUCCUGAGAAAUGGUUUAAUUCACUCCAAAGAGGUGUAAACAUUUAUUUAAUUUUGAACAGAUUUCAGCAUCCUGCUCUUGUGAAAGUUGCUUUCAGUACAUACAUUAAUGAGUCUGAAUGUUUCUCAGAAAUUAGCUCAUUUUAAGCUCCCCCCCCCCCUUU